UUAAACAUUACAAUAAAAUAAUAUGCAUUUAUUUUUUUUUUCCAGUACAUACAAGUUCAAUUCGAAUAUUUGAUUAAGAGUUUUGGUUCAGGGUACUGGAAGUUUGUUGAAGAAUAAUAAAGUGUUCUUCACGAUGAAAUGAAAAUCGCAUAGAAAGUGUGAAUCCGAUGACAAUACAGUAAUAACCCGAUUGGUGAGACCGAGGGAAAGUCGCAUAAAUUUGGACCAAAAAUGAUUAUAAUUGGCAGAAAAUACUUUGCAAAAUUAACUAUUUUUACAAUUAUCAUUCAAAUUACAUUAUCUAAAAGUUUUCAAAUUAAUGAACCAUUAAAUGAGUCCAAAUUACGAAUAGCCAGAUCGUUGAACAAACCAUCUGAAUGUACUAUUUCUAAGGAUAGUUUAAUAGAUUUAAAAAAUGAAAUAGACGAUAUACUUGCAAAUGCAACCAGCAGCAAUGAUAAAAAAACAUGCACACUGGAUCUAAAUGAUCCUGAUAAUUGUACCGAGAUAACGAAUGUAAUCCAAUGUGGAAUUCAAAAUUUGAAAAAUGAACUUGUUAGUGCUUCGUCUUCGUAUUCAGAUUCCAUUGAAGAAAUUAUCAGAUGGAAAAAUGCAUAUGGAAAUUUGAUUAAUAAGUACGAAGAUCAAAAAGAAAUUUUACUUGAUAAAAACAACAAGCAAGGUACAAACAACAGUAAUCCUCAGUUAGAAAAAUUACAAACUGACUUUUUAAGAUUGGAUGAAGCGUUAAAUACUUCAUUCGGAAAUUUACAAGCUAUUAAAAUUGAUUUAUGCGUAUCGGAAAUUUUGCUAGGCAAAACAGAAGAGGCUCUUAGACAUUUUAAAGAAUUAAAAUCAAUUUCAAUAUCUCAAAUUAUUAAACAAUCGUAUAACUCUAAAAAUAAUCACGAUGAAUUGAAAAACUUUGAAAGUAUAAUUGAUUUCAUUAAAUUACAAUCCACAGUAGAUAAUGAGAUAAUUGCUUACGAAACUUUAUACAAAGAAAUGGAUUCAAAAAAGGAUUUAAAUUCUUUAAAGAUUAUUUUAUUGGAAAAUGGUAUUCGAAAUUCUCUUGCAAAGGAUAAUCUUACAAGUGUAUAUUCAAAUGUUGAUAUUUACUCAAACAAGAUUAAAGAUUUAUGGGUGGAUAUAAUUCUUUACAAUCGAAAAGAUACUAAACUUGAAAGUUUUGCUAAAAAUUAUUCCAAUUAUUUUAGUGAUAUUUUAUAUGAACUUGUAGAAAAGGCGUUUAAAGAAAAUACUUCAAAAUUUGAUAAUAUUAUCAAUUUUAUACGAGAUCUACCGUACCUUGAACAGAAUAUCAUUGGAUACAAAAGUUUAUUUGAAGAGAUGCAAAAUCAAGAUGUAUUAAAUGGAAUUUUAAAGCUUGCAUACUUUAUUAAAAAAUCUAUGGAAAUGAAAAUUUUUUCUGAUAUAGAUGAAAACUAUAAAAUAAUGUUUAUAAACUUAAAAUCGAGCAUACCUUCUUGGGCUCGAAAAAUUAUCUGGGAUGGUGAUAAAUGUAAGUUAAAAAAUCAUCGUUGGGACCAGUAUUUGUAUGCGGAUGGUAAUCAUUUUUACGGUUCAAAUCGUCGCCAUGUGUUCACAUGGCAAAAUGGUAAACCAGAAAGUGUUAUGGAUGCAGAAAGUCAAUGGAAAUUUGAAACCAGAGAUCAGGGUGAUUCUUUUACGAUUAAAAAUGUUGGUUGGAAUGAAUAUUUAUACGCUGCCUCAAACCCAUUUGCGUUCGAUAAAGAUCGUCGUUCGGUAUUUACUUGGGGAACUCAAGAAUCAGUGUUACAAAGUUAUUGGAAAAUUAUUCCAACUGAUGCUGAAAAUUGCGUAUCUCUUCAAAAUACUUAUCAUAAAGAAUACUUGUAUGCAGACGGUGGUAUUCAAUGGGACUCAUCUAGACGUAGAGUGUUUACCUGGAGAGUCGGGCAGCCUGAAGGUGUAAUGAUUCAAGAAUCAGAAUGGAAUUUAGAAUGUGAAUAUUUAUAUAUGGAAGGAGAGAGUGAAAAAGAAUUGAAGUAAAUAUGUGGAACAUUUAAAAAAAAUGCGAUAUAACAUUUAAGCUUGAAGUUGAAAUUUCUAACAAAUUUGCUCUUGAAAUUUUUGGAAAAUCUUGUGAUCCCGAUCAAGUCAUGAUCCAAAUGCGAAACCUUUUAGAAAAUAGACGUUGAAUACCUAUCCUGAAAUAUGAGAAUUUUUGAAUACCUAGCCUGAAAUAUGAGAUCCAAUAACUGUUUCCUCAAAUUUCAUGAUUUUUCAACAUAAUUAACUUCCAUAGAAUAGAAUAGAAUUGUAACAUUUUGAUCUUUACCCGGCUUUAUUUCUCAAAGUAAUAAAAUCGUUUACUAUUUCAAAGUUUUGAUGAUUACUUGCCAAUUUUUCCAUCAAUAAUGCUAGUUUCUACGUAUCUUUCAGUAUUCCUGGAAUAAAAGUGUAAAAACCCUUGAGUGAAAUCCUUAAAAGUUAUUUAAU